AUGACUAGUAAAGAAAAACUAGACAUUGUACGUCAGCUGGCUAAGCUUGGUGUUGACGUUAUUGAGGCUGGUUUUCCAACUGCCUCUGACGCUGCUUUUGAGCUUGUGAAGUUGGUGGCACAGGAAGUUGCUGAUGAAAUUCGGGAUUUCUUCAUUUCUGACUUCGGACAGCUUGUUGCGACAGAAAUUUUCGUUUGCUCAAAGUUUUACGGUGUUUUCGUGGCUCAAAUGACUUCUUGGCGUAGUAGUAUGCUCACUUCUCUUUCUGCAAAGAAUAAGCUUAGUAUGUUGGAUGGGAGAGUUCCACAACCCUCCACUGAAUCACCUUAUUUUCCAUAUUGGGAACGGUGUAAUGAUAUGGUCAAAGCCUGGAUAACAAACUCGGUAUCCACGGAGAUAGCCACUAGUGUUAUGUGCUUUAAGACUGCCAAAGAGAUUUGGAAGGGCAUUAAUGAGAGAUUUGGCCAGUCGAAUGGGUCUAAGUACAUCCAAAUCCAGAGGGAUAUCAACUCAACUACUCAGGGUUCAUCUGAUAUAGCUUCCUACUUUACAAAAAUGAGAAGUUUAUGGGAUGAAUUAAACUCCUCCUAUGUAGGGUCUGUUUGCUCGUGUGGGGCCCUACCUAAGUUCAUUGAAGAUCAUCAACUGUUUCAAUUUCUCAAUGGUCUGAAUGAUUCCUAUUCCACAGUUAAAAGUGCUAUUAUGUUGAUGAACCCCCUUCCACCCAUUAGUAAAGCCUAUUCCCUUUUGCAACAAGAUGAAAGCCAAAAGGAAGCCCAAUCUCCUGCACCAAAUUUCUCUGGUGAUACAACAUCUUUCCUAGUAUCUCCUGCAUCUUCUAACACUAAUAGGAACUUUACUCAGAAAAUCAACUUUGAGACUAGAAAGGGUACUACAUCUCUUACUUGCAAGUAUUGCAAGAAACCUGGUCACAGUGUGGAUAAAUGUUACAAACUCCAUGGAUUUCCACCAGAUUUCAAAUUCACCAGAAACAAUAAGUCUGCUUCAUGUGUUCAAACUGAGAAUGCAACUAUUGCCCCUACAAACUCUUUUCCACAUACUUCUAGCUCCUCAGCACAUGGGUUAACCAAAGAACAAUACCAACAUCUUUUGACAAUGUUUCAACAAGCACAAAUGUCAGUUGGUCACACUUCUGAAGCUGCAAAUGUGGACAACUCUGCCUUUGCUCACUUUGCAGGUUUGUUUAGUAGAUAUGCUGUAGCUCCUGUUGGUUCUCAUACAUGUGCAUCAUCACAAUUAGGUGUAAAACCUUGGAUCCUAGAUACUGGUGCAACUAAUCAUAUGACACCACAUAAGCACCUUAUAUUCAAUGUACAACCUUUGAUUAAACCUUUUCUAGUAACUCUACCUAAUGGAUAUAAAGCUAAAGUUAUAUCAACUGGAUCUUUGCAUCUUACGAAUGAUAUAAUUUUACUGAAUGUCCUCCUUGUGCCAUCUUUCCAAUUCAAUUUGAUAUAUGUUCAUCAACUCAUAUCUCAAUUGGAUUGUUCAGCACUCUUUACCAAAUUAUUCUGUUCUUUACAGGGCCCUUCUCUGAAGAGGCCACUGGAAAUUGGUAAGGCUGUUGGCUGGCUCUACUACCUCUAUCCAGAUGUAAAUCUGUUCCCUAUUUCCUCCACUUCUAUGUCUCAUUGUUCUCCUUGUAAUAGUUUACCUGUUUCUAAUUCUAAUACUAGUGUUUCUACUUGUAAUCACUCUUCUACACUUGUUUCAUUACCAGUAUCUUCUGAUAAGUCCAAUCAACUUGCUCAUCCUAUUGCCAAUGUUUCAACUUACUUUGUGGAUCCUGUUUCUCCACAAACUUCUGUCUCUGCUCAUAAUUCUCCAAACAUUCCCACUUCCUACUACUGUCAGUUUUCCUGA